AUGAACACACGGUUCACACUAUCAGUCUCCACAACCCCCGUGGAGAUCAACAUGACAGGCCUUCCGGACGGUACUUUGGUCAUGUACUCAGGAUCUACCCAUCAGCAAGGUCACCUCCGUUCAGACUCACCCGCCAUGUCCGCCCAUGGGAAAAUCUGCAUGGGAUGGUCUUUGGCGCCGUUGUGGGCCAUCGAUCCCCAGAAAGCGACGGCUUCAUCCACCAAGGGAGGAGUACAAGAACAUGUGUUGACGAGGUUUGUUGGUGUCGGCAAUGGUGUCAUUGGUGAUGAGCAACACCGCGUAGACAUAGCAGGAUGA